GCAGCCGUCUAUCUCCCUCCCCUGUUCGCUCCUCCUCCAUCUUCUAAACCUAAAAAACAAACAGCCGACAGAUCUUCUUUCAUUCGCAGGGUUCAAUCAGCCAGCAGGUGAAUUUUAAAGUCGGUACAAAAUGCAGAACGAUGAGGUUAUAUGGCAAGUCCUCAGGCAUAAGCACUGCAGUUUUAUGUCCAAAAUUACAGCUGGAAUCUUUUGUCGGAACCCUUACAAUUUAACUGGAGUUUGUAACCGGAGCUCAUGCCCACUUGCUAAUAGUCGUUAUGCUACCAUACGUGAUCAUGACGGAGUUUUUUACUUGUAUAUGAAAACUAUUGAGCGGGCACAUAUGCCAAACAAGUUAUGGGAAAGAAUUAAACUGCCUCGCAAUUAUGAAAAGGCACUUGAAAUUAUCGACAAAAAUCUGAUGUACUGGCCCAAGUUUCUUGUGCACAAGGCAAAGCAACGGUUGACUAAAAUGACACAAAUGCGCAUACGCAUGAGGAAACUUGCUCUUAAGACAAGGGAAAAGAUAAUGACAACUCCUAGAAAAGAAAUGAAGAGAGAAUCUAGAAGAGAGGAGAAAGCACUGACGGCUGCGGCUUUGGAAAGGAAUAUUGAGAAGGAACUGGUUGAGCGUGUACAAAAAGGAACGUAUGGUGAUGAUAUAUAUAAUUAUUAUAAGGAAGAGAUGUACGCAAAGGUUCUUGAGCAAAUUGAGAGUGAGGGAAAAGAGGUUGAAUUUGAGAAAGAGGUUGAGGAUGAGGAUGAAAUAGAGUAUGUUGAAUGGGAUGGGGCGGAUGAAGAGGAUAUGGAGGAUUAUAUCGCUCCUUCAAAUGAAGGAUCUGAUCAAGAUGAUGAUGAGAGUGAUGACGAUGAAUCAGAAAAGGUGGUGGUGGAUAGAAAGAGGGGGAGGGCGGAUUCCAAAUAUUCUCUUAAGAAGCAGGAGAAAGACGCUAAAAAGAAGAAAGGAAGAGUACUUGUUGAGGUUGAGCACGAUGAAGCAGAUAGAAGGCAAAAGGCAAUUAUAUGAGUACGCGGUUGAAUUUUCGUUAAUGCAAAAGACCUGAAAAGGAAGUUUUGAUGCGGUGGAUGACGUGUUGUAAAAGUUUUGAUCUCUAUUCAUCUUUGACUUUGUUAUUUAUAAGUAGUCGUUACCAACAUUCUGAUGUUGGUAAUUUUGCAUUUUGAACUUUUGAUUAAGGAUCGGGUUUAUAUUGAGUUAAAUGUUUUGCUCAUGUGGGUCAUGCUUAAUUUGGGUAAUACCGUGUUCGUACGGUUUUUAAUUGUCAAGGUUUACGUUUGUAUGAUUCGUAGGUGUUCGGAACUAUAUAUAGUAAUGGUAGUCUGUUUUACGA